AUGUUAUGGUACAUAGAAAGUUGCUAUAAAUUAAGCUGGUGCCAGAUUGGACGAAUUCUGAACAGAAACAAAAGUGCUUGGAUGACCUUGGCUUUGUUUGAGGAAUGGUUUCACAAAACAUUUGUUCCAGAGGUAAAAGGGUUCCUUCGAGCCGAAAAUCUUCCCGAAAAGGCUCUAUUGCUUAUUGAUAAUGCUCCAUGCCAUCCCAAAGACGGCGAGUUAAUGAGUAGUGAUGGUCAAAUAUCUGUAAUGUGUCUUCCUCCGAACUGUACUGCACUUAUACAGCCCAUGGACCAGAAUGUUAUAAGACUUACGAAAUUGAACUACAAAACAAGCCUUUUAAGUGACAUCGUUCGCCGUGGAAAAACAAUAGACGAAUCUCUGCGAAAUAUCAACUUAAAACACGCAAUAUGCUUUUUAGCUAAUGCCUGGGAUGCUGUUAAUGUGACCUCCAUUUAG